AUGACUGAUAAAAUCGUUCAACAGCUACUGAAUGUUCAAAAGGCAGUAGAAAACUUGAAAAUUUUUCAAAAUGAUCCGCCAUAUGAAAUAACUAAAGACUAUGGUUUUAUAAAAUUCGAUGAAAAUAAACUUGAUGCUACUUCACGUCUUUCAGAACAUAUACGAUUAAGUCUUGAGACAACUGCUGAAACAGUUGUGAAAUUUAUGCAACAAGGUUGGCGUUUACCAAAACCUGACUUAAUUAUAUCUGUAACUGGUGGAGCAAAAAGUUUUGAUAUGUCAGCACGUCUUAGAAAAAUUUUUCAAAGUGGUUUAGUUUCUGCUGCUAUUACAACAAAUGCAUGGUUGAUUACAGCUGGAACAAAUGCUGGUGUCGUUAAGGAAGUUGGGGAAGCUCUUAAUAAUUAUCGUUAUAAAAAUAAAAAACAUGGACGUGAUGUACCAUGCAUUGGUAUUGGUAGUUGGGGUUAUACAGCAGGAAAUGACCAACUAAUUAAUCAAUGUGCGAAUAUUUCUAUUAAUUCGAUUACUACAAGAAGAACACGUUCAUUCACGAAACAUCAUCAAAAUCAAGAAAUGCAUUCGAUUCGCAUGGAUAUUGAUGAGCAAUAUAAUGUUCGAAAUUAUAUUGUUAAAGGAAAGCAAGAGAAACGAUGUGAUUUAGAACCAAAUCAUACACAUUUUUUGCUAUUUGAUGAUGGAGAUUCAAAGGCUGAUAGUGUUCUUCGAUUACGAGCAGACAUUGAAAAGUGUUCUCGAAAUACCAAUAUGGAAACCACUGCAGAAGGAACAGCAGAAUCACUUAUACCUAUUGUUAUGGUUUUGGUUGAAGGUGGUCCAUCAUCGAUUCGAACAAUUUGUCAAGCACUUGAAUCGAAUACCCCACUUGUAGUUAUCAAAGAUUCAGGUCGUGCUGCUGAUCUUGUUGCUGAAUUACAUGCUUAUUAUUCUGAUAGUGAGAGUGGUGGUGGUGGUGGUAGGCAUCUUGCACGACCACAAACUGGUUUUGCUAAAGGUGGUUCAAAAGACACAGAUAUAAAUGCAAUUUUGGUUAAAGCACGUGCUGAUAUUGCAGGACUUGAUAAAGUUGAGAAUGAUUUAUGUCGAAUAUUAAAUGAACGUAAACAACUUGUAACAAUUUUUAAAUUUGAUAGUAAACGAUAUCGUGGAAAUCUUGAAGAUGCUAUUCUAGGAUCAUUAUUUAAUGCUGCAAAAUUUUCCGGUGAUUAUAAUGAACAAAAUCGUCGAACAACGGAACUUAAAUUAGCUAUAGCCUGGCAUAAAUUUGAUUAUGCUCAUAAACAUCUUCUUACUGAUACGACUAUAUCUAAAUGGAAAGAAGACGAUCUUCGUCGUGCUCUUGUCGAUGCACUUGAUCGUGGUCAUGUUGAUUUUGUUGAAUUAUUUAUUGAGUUUGGUAUAUCACUUGAAAAAUUAACAACUGAAGAUCUUGAACAGCUUUAUAAAACAACAUCGAUUAGUAAUCGAUUACCACUUAAAGAUAACAGAAAGCCUGCUAUAUGGACAAGAGAAGAAUUUUAUUUAGAUUAUCUUCAUUCAAUCAAAUAUGAUGUAAACAAAAACAAAAGUUUGUUAGAAUCAAAAGGUAAUCAACCAUUAGGCAAAAGUGCUCCACAAGAAUUAUUUUUAUGGGCUGUUUUUCUUGAUCGAUUUGAACUUGCAACAUAUCUUUGUUCGAAAACUUGGAAUCCAUCAAUAGCACCAUUAUUUGGUGCACAUAUCUAUCGUCGUGCAGCAAGAUUAACAGCUGAUUUAGAUAUACAACAACAAUAUGAAGAAAAUGCCGAUCAAUUUGAUAUUCAUGCCAUGUCAAUUAUUGAUCGAUGUUUGGAUAAUGAUGAAAAUUUUGCUGUUGAUCUUCUAAAACAUUCUGCUGUUGCAUUUAAUCAUAUUGAUCCAUUAUUGUUAGCUCGAAAAGCUGAUUGUAGAUCAUUUCUUGCAUCAAAAUGUGUUCAAAGAUAUCUUGAUAAUAAAUGGUUUGGAUAUAUCAAUUACAAACGAAAAGCUAUUAACUUCAGAAUUUUUCUUUGCUCAUUAUUUUUUCCUUUAAUUCCAAUAUUUUGUAUCUUUCUACCUUAUGUACAAAAACAUAAAAAUAUUAUUUCAAGUACUCGAGAUCGUUCAAGAAGUAGUCAAACGACUAUGAUGCAUGAAGAUGUUAAUUUUGUUCUUCUUGUUGAUUAUUUUCCAUUAAAUAUCUAUGGUGAACGUCGAUCUGGUUUUCAAAAUUUAAAACUUCCAGCAACAGAAAUAAUCCUUCAUAUUUGUAUAUGGAGUUUAACUGUAGAAGAAAUUCGUCAAUUUUUCUUUGUGAAUUAUAAAAGAGAGUAUUUUUCAGAAAUAUGGAAUAUUAUUGAUAUUCUUGCAAUUAUUAUAUAUGUGGUUGCUUUUAUUACACGAUUUAUUGUUCUUGAAUCACUUUUUGUUACAUCAAAAAUAUUUUUAGGUCUUGAUUUCAUAUUUUGGUUUGUUCGUACGUUACAUCUAUUUUCAGCUUUUGAAAAAUUAGGACCGAAAUUAAUUAUGAUUUUUAAUACGAUGAAAGAUCUGCUAUUUUUUGUUUGUUUUAUUCUUAUAUUCUUAUUAGCAUUUUCAAUAACAUCAUGGUCAUUAAUUACUACAGAUAAUCAAGUGUCUUGGUAUUAUGGUAGUGAUGGAUCAUUAAUUAAUGCAACAGUGGCAGGUGAGGGAAGUGGUUUAUGGACAUGGCAAAUAUUACGAAAUGUUACAAAUUAUGGUGUUUGGAAAGUUUUUGGACAAGUUGAUUCAAUUGAUGGCACAGAUGCAUAUUAUGUUGUAGCUUUUGUAUUGGCGAUACUAUUCGUUGCUAUUGCUAAUGUACUUCUUCUAAAUGUACUUGUUGCUUUAUUUAAUGUUACAAUCCAAAAAGUUGAAAAACAAUCUCAUCGAAUAUGGCGUUAUCAACGUUUUCUACUUGUUGUUGAAUAUAAUAAUAAACCUCCCUUACCACCACCAUUUAAUACUCUAUAUUACCUAUAUAGUAUUAUUCAAUAUAUAGUCGAAAAAAUUCAACAAUCUCGUCAAAAGCAUCGACAUGUUGCUAUUGAAAGGUCAGCAAACGAUUCAAUGGCUUUAAAUGAAAAAAAUGUUCGAGAAGAAUUUAAAAUUAGUGAUGCAAUGCAACGUGAAAGUGCAAUAGCUGAUGAUUAUUGGAGUUAUACGUUGAAGCAUGGAAAGAAAGAUCAGAUUGAAGUUGCAUUACAAAAUAUUGAACGAAGACUCCACAAUUUGCAAGAACAAAUACAUAAUAAUAAUCAAAAUUACGAUCAACAAUAG